UCCGUCGGGUUCAUAGGACUCGCUUGCAGUGAUUCUUUCAUAUCAUGCAUAGAAUUCAAUUGUGCUUCACGGUAGCCUUCGGCUAUGAAGAGCAGAAGACUGGUUACGGGGAAGAUGGACAAUAUUACCGCAUGUCAGGGAAGCAAUGCCAGCUCCAUUACCCUGUUGAAAGGAGCGAGAUUGGCAGAUAAUAACAGUAGCAACAAUUCAACGGAGGAUAACAACGAAACCUUUGAUUUCAUCUUGAACAUCGAUUCCCCCCAAACGAUCGUGACCCUAGUGCUACUCAGCUGCUUCUUGUGCAUUGUUUUCUUCUACACAUGCCGCAGACGCCGAAGACAUAGGGUUUCCAGACCAACGGGCAUCGUUGGUUUGUGGCAGCCCAUCAGUUGGGAGACGGCCCAGGGUCUGGAGCCAAAGGUCAUUGAGAGCUUUCCCAUUUUCAGCUACAGUGUGGUGAAGGGCCUCAAAGCACAGACGACAUGCACGGCGUGUGCAAUAUGCCUCGCCCACUUCAAAAAUUACGAGAUGCUGCGGUUGCUUCCUAAUUGCAGCCACGCUUUCCAUCGAAAGUGCAUCGACAGGUGGCUCAGCAUGCACACAACGUGUCCUCUCUGCCGAGAAAUACUUGUGUUCACGGGUCACUCCAUUCCCACAGACACCGAUUUUGAUUUAGUCGAAUCGCAGGCUCCUCCGCCGGCGGACACCAUUGUUAUUGACAACGGAUCUGGAGUUAUCCUCCGCAAAGAUAUUUCAAAUGAUGAUUCUACGAAGGAGAUGGAGCAGCCGAUGGAGUGGUACAUGGCCACGGGUGAAGAUGUUAUGAUCAGAUCGCAGAGGAGCUGCAGCUCUGUAGAUCUCCAUCAUUCAGAGCAGCCGUCUUGUUCCAAUGUCCCACCCGCGUGCUUUGCGUCGGGUGAUGCAGAACACAGGUCGAAAUCGGAAAAAUGUGGGCGCAUUUCUGUGAAUUCGGCCUCUGUGAUGAGGACUUGUUCUGAGCGUUUUUCUCCUCGAUCUUGAGGUCAAGUGGGGAUUGCGUAGCAGGAUUGCACGGUUUUCUUUAACGGGACGAGUGUUCGCAGAGCAGAUCGGUGAGAUAAAAGCGCUCAAUAGUCGUGAUAAAAGGAAAAGUUUAGAGCUUUAUUGAAAAUUAUGUAUGCAAUUUUAAUCAAGAUUUAUUAUUAUACU